AUGAAAACCAGUUCCAUAUUAUUCGCUUCAUUAGCUUCUCUAGCCACUGCUCAGAAGGAUUCCGGCUCCUUAGAUGACCAGGUCUCUGACAAUAGUUCCCAAAAAAGCUCGAGCCCUCAGAAGUCUGCAGCAUCCGUCUCCGCAAACGCCCAGGAAAGUACGUCUAAAGCAGCGUCUACAACGGCGAGCCUGGUACAAACCAGCAACGUCGUCAGCAAUACCUACGCCGUGGCUCCCAGUAGCACUAUAGUGACCACCGACGCCCAGGGAAAAACGACCACGCAGUACCUGUGGUGGGUGGCAGAGACUAAUUCAGCUGCUACCACGACAUCAACCGCGUCCGUGGAGCCCACCAGUGAGACGUCAGGGAAAAGUCUCAGCUCUGCCUCCUCCAGCAUAACAACAUCAACAGACGGACCAAUCACCGUAGUAACCACUUCAAACUCGUUAGGCGAAUCAUACACAUCCACCGUUUGGUGGCUACCAUCAUCCGCUACAUUGAGCAGCACGGCUUCUUCAAGUGGAUCAGCGUCAACAUCAGCAUCAGCGUCAGCAUCAGGCUCUAAGGUAGUGAGCACUGUCAAAUCAGCUUAUGUAACCACCUCUGGCUCCAAGGCGGAGACUUUGACCACUACAUAUAAGACCACGGUUAACGCUAAAGUAGCCUCCGUAAACUCCAGCUCGACCAACGGAGCAUUUGGAGGUGCUCACAUCGCUUACGGUGCGGGAGCAUUCGCCGUCGGGGCAAUCUUGUUAUAG